CUCCUUUCCAUUGCCCUGCUCUCUCUUCCUCUGCACUCUUCUCUUCUACAAAGAAAAGAAAUGCACGCUGCGGCUUUGUUACUUUCCCAAACCUGCACAGCAGCCCUAUAAACCCCCCUUUUUUUUAUCCCCUUCUUCUUUUCUUCUCUCCCUCCCUCCUGCGCCGUGCUCUGUAUGGCAGCGGGGCCGGAGUGCGCAUGCGCGUCCCCACUGCCAGCCGCCGGGUCUAGUGUUGAGCCGCAGACAGAUAGAGAAGGCACUGCUGGCUGGCAUCGUCUUGUUGCCCUCUACCGCCUUCCUCUCUGUUGGUGAGGGCAGCAAAGAGCCAUCUGAAAAGAAGAGGACUAAAAUAAAAAGCCCUAGGCAUGGUGAGUAGGAGAGGUGGAAGCCAGCGUUCUCCUUCAUGCAACCCGUCGCUGCCAUCUGUGUAGAGGAGUGUUCUGUGCCGCCCGGGCUAUGGGAUCCCCCGGAGGAAUACAUCGGCCCCGUACACUGGAUGAGUCCUAGGAGGGGCCCCACACCUGACGAUGAUUAGAGCACACCAUCGGGACCAAUACCUAAUGCCAGGGACAUUACCCUAAUUACCUGGAGGAGCCCACAUCACAAUAGAGGACGAGGCAGCCAGGAACACCGCCACCGAGCUGUGCUGGAGCUGCAGGAGGCGCCGCUAGCAUGUGUGCUGUACAAGUAAAACUGGAACUGGGUCAUCGGGCCCAGGUUAGGAAGAAACCAACGCUUGAGGGGUUUACCCAUGAUUGGAUGGUAUUUGUCCGAGGACCAGACAACAGUAACAUUCAGCACUUUGUGGAAAAAGUUGUAUUUCACUUGCAUGAAAGCUUUCCAAGGCCCAAGCGAGUGUGUAAAGAACCACCAUAUAAAGUAGAAGAGUCUGGUUAUGCUGGUUUCAUUCUGCCCAUAGAAGUCUACUUCAAAAAUAAGGGAGGAGCCCUCAUCUCUCAGGUGUGCCGUCCUGGAAAGUUCGUAGAAAUACCGUUACCGGAAGAACCUAGGAAAGUGCGAUUUGACUACGACUUGUUUCUGCACCUUGAAGGUCAUCCACCUGUAAACCACCUACGCUGUGAAAAACUCACCUUUAACAACCCCACUGAGGAGUUUAGAAGGAAACUGCUUAAAGCCGGAGGGAUAAUGGUUAUGUCAGAGGGUUCAUCUUCAGGCACCAGUCUUCAUCUUCCCAGCCUUCCCAGUAAUUCCCUUUCUUUCUUAGAUGUAAAGAAAAGCAAAUCAUCUCAUGGAUCCAAGGACCCAAAUAAACUGGUUAGUGUAAACAGUAGCAGUAACACACUUAGCUUAUCAAAGCCACAUAAAUCUUCAAAGGAACAUAAGGAGAAAUCAUCAAAAGACUCAAAAGAGCAUAGAAGUGCCUUUAAAGAACCUUCCAGGGAUCAUACAAAAUCUUCCAAAGAAUCUUCCAAAAAACCCAAAGAAAACAAACCACUGAAAGAUGAAAAAAUUGUCCCUAAAAUGGCCUUUAAGGAACCUAAACCCAUGACAAAGGAAACCAGGUGUGAGAACAAUAAUAUUCUUACAGUAUCAAGUGGGCAUCAACAAGAAAAAAAAGUCUCUAGUAAAAGGCCAACUCACAUAGACUCUGAAGAUCCUCUAACCAGGAAACGAAGGAAAAGCAACUCGGAGUCAUCUCUUAAAAGUUUUCCAAAUCCCUCACUUCUAAUAUUAUCCUCAUCUGAAAAAAAACCUUUGAAAGACAAAGCUCAGUCUAAAACUGGAAAGGUAAAGAUUGAAAGUGAAGUCCUAGACAAGAAGAAGGUUUCAUUACCACCUUUUGAAGAUAUUGUGGAUCCCAAUGAUACAGAUAUGGAGGACAACAUGUCAUCCAAAUCAGAGUCAGGACAGCCAAGCCCAGCAAGUUCUACAUCCAGUUCAAGUUCCAGUUUGGCACCACCACAUAACCAUAGACAAGAUUUCUUUACGUCUUGUACAGGUUCCCUGAGGACUAUAAUGAAAGACUUAAAUUCCGAUGAAAAUGAAGAAGAAUCUGAUGAUCCUGAAGACAAUGACUCGGAAAGUGAAAGGACCAUACGUAUUCAUGGAGCAAGUCGAGCUCGCAGAAUUAGCCUAAGCGAUGGAAGCAAUAGUGAAGGCAGUUCGGUUUCUUCGCCGUUACGAAAUGAGCCUCCCACCUUAUUAAAAACAAACAAUAAUCAGAUCCUGGAAGUAAAGAGUCCGAUUAAACAGAGCAAGUCAGAAAAACAAGUAAAAAAUGGAGACUGCGAUAAGUUUAUGGUUACGGCGACAACACCUUACAUGGCAUACCUAGAUGAGUUAGUUGAACUCCACAGGCGAUUAAUGACUUUAAGAGAAAGACACAUACUUCAGCAGAUUGUGAACCUUAUAGAAGAAACUGGGCACUUCCAUAUCACAAACACAACCUUUGACUUUGACCUUUGUUCCCUUGAUAAAACUACAGUUCGCAAACUACAGAGCUACUUGGAGACAUCUGGGGCAUCCUGAGAGUAUACCAUGGACCUGCCUUUUGUGGACAAUUAGACAGGAGUCAGUACAACUGAACUGCUUGUAUUCAUUCAGGAUGUUAAGUGGGUCUGUUACUCUAAAGAGCGACAAAAGAACAAAACAUCUGUGGAUGGUUAACUUCUUUAUAGUUGUUUUUUUAUGCCCAAAGUGGAAAAUGAUGAACCACAAUUAAAAAAAUCAUCCUUCAUAUUAAUUAUACAUUUUUUGGAGAUUAAACCUGGAAAGCCUUGAAAAA